AUAUAAUACAGAUAAUAGAAGCUUAUCUGUUACGUAUUACUGUUUCUAAAGUUCAUAGUUUAUGCAUAAAAACUGACCAAAGAGAAUAAUCAAGUUUAUUCCUUGUGUGAAAGCACUUUAUGCAAGUUGUCAUUAGGGAAAAAUAAAAAAUGGCGCUCAUCAAAAAUUCAUAUUUGAAAUUUAUUUUUGUUUUAGUCUGUCUAUCACAGGUUCAAGGCGCACUAAGACUUAUACCUGACAAGCCUGAUAGUCCAUUCGAUGAAUUUUUCAGAGAACUCCAAAAAUCAGUUAGCAAAGUAUUUGAUAAAAUGCAAAUGAGACUAACUGAGGCUGAUAUCCACGUUGAAAAAUACUUCGAUAAACUUAAAGAUAAUGUUGCACAUUCGGAAGAUUCUAUUCAUGAAGCUAUUAUUAGAUUCGAAGAAAAUCUAGAUAAAUUCCAAAAGCAAAUUUUCGAAUUUUUACCAAAACACAUUGACCAAGCUAUUGAUGAAAUGAAAAUGAAGAAUCCAGAAUUAGCAGAAAAACUGAAGAAAUUGAAGUACGAACUGACUGAAUUAAAAGAAGAUAUUUGUAAACUAUUCGAAGAACUUAAAAAACCAUUUAUUGAACGUUACAAUGAAUUAAGAGAUGAAUUUUACUCAAAAUCGAAACCAAUUGCAAAAAGAUUGACUCCUAUCCUUAAGGAUAUUGAAGACAUUGUUUUAACUUUGAUUCCUGAUAAAAAUGAUUUUUACAAAAUGAAUGAAAUCAAGAAAUUAAAUUAAUGACUACAGAACUCUACUGAUUUUUUUUACCAAAUAUCUGUUUAUAAAAUAUUAAUAGACAAUUUUAAUAAAAUGUUAAAACUGUAUUAAAUUCA